UUGGCCGGCGUCGGUCGUUAUGGUAGCUGGCGGCGCUGUGGCAAGUAAGUCGGCAGGGCGCGCCCUCUUUUUGUGGGGGGAAACCCGUGACUAGGCGGAGCUGGCGGUGUCGUCGCUGCGGUGAAGCGAGGAGCUACCUCCAGGUGAGGCGGCGGGGGCUCCCGCUGCUUUCUGUAACCCCGGCGGCCUUUUUAACGGUCCGCCUGCCAGGAAGUCCAAGGAAGUUGUCGCUCCGCGGUCGGAUUCUGAGCAGCAGACGCUUUCUUCAGUGACGUUUACUUAUAAGUAACCCCAUUGAACAUCUCUGGGCCUACUGUGCAGUAAAAAGUUGCAGCGUAAAUCUAGCCAGAUUUAUUGCCCAAUUCUUGGAAUGUCUGCUCUAGGAGUCAGUCUUCACUAAGUUAAUUACGAAUUACUCUCAGGUUUUGCAUUUCUGCUGUUAAGGAGAAAAUCUGUCUAUUGGAAACCUUAUGUGAACUUCCAGAUAAAGUUACAGAAUGGCGUCAGAAACUGAUUUGUCAAAUGAGAAGCUAAGUGCUCUGCUCAGACAGUCUCCAAGAGAAACUCUUCCAAUGACUGCCUCAGUACAGAAAAAUACCCUUGAAGCAGAUAAUGCAAUGGAAUCCUGGUUGCUGGACCAAAGCUUAUUAUCCCCUAUAGUUGCUGAAUAUGAUAAACAUCUGGAAGAAAUGAAUGAACAACUAAGAUACUGUCAGAUUCAGAUGAGGGAAAUGAGACAAAAACUUGAAGAAGUCAUCAAAGAAAAUGAAAGACUGCAUGAAGAACUGAAAGAGGCUAUUGAAAAGCAGCUGGACACUUUGCCAUCUGGCUCUUCUUUAGGGGAUGUCAUGACGAUGGAUGAAAACUUAAUAAAAAAUCUUCAAGAGCAGUUACAACUAGCAAAUAAAGAAAAAGAACAUGUACUAGAACUUUGGCAGACAGUAUCACAGGAAUUGGAGCGACUUCAGCAGAUAUACCAGGAGCAUAUGACAGAAGCACAAAUUCAUAUUGUGGAAAGGCAAAAACAAAAAGAUCAAUUGACAAGCUUUCAGCAACUAACGAAACAACUGCAUUUAGCCAAUGAAAAGACAGAGUCAACUAAUAAGGUAUUUCUGAAGACUGUAAUGGAACAGAAUGCAGAGCUGGAACUGCUACGAAAGCAACAGAGACAGUCCAAACUGAAUUUGAGAACAGCUGCUGCAAAGGUUGAAGAAAUGACCAGACUCAUUGAGGAUCUUAGGGCACAGAUGACCAGAAAGGAAGAAGAGAUCCUAGCUGCUCGGGAAAGAGAGGAAACAUCAGAUAGACACUUUCAGCAAUUACAAUCUAGCAUAAAACAGCUGGAGACAAGGCUUUGUGUAGCUGUUCAAGAUUCUAAACAACUAAGAACAGAAAGAACAAACCUAGAAAAACAAAUCCAGGAAUUGCAAUCAAAAUGCUCAAAUAUAGAAGGAGAAAAGUAUGAUGCUGUAGAAAAAGUUCGUCACACCUUGCAACUCUUAGAAGAAGCAAAUCUGCAAAAGAGUCAGGCUAUGGUAGCUGAGAAACAAAAAGAAGAGGAAAUUGAAAAUAUGAAGGAAGCAGUUUCUCAGUUGCUUCAAGAUGCUGCUUCAAGAACUAGAAAGGAAGUGGAAAAUGAAAGGAAAAGGUAUAAUAUACAGAUUUCCCGAUUAACAGAAGAACUAACAGCACUUCAAAUGGAAUGUGGUGAGAAACAGAGCCAAAUUGAGCGGGCUGUCAGAGAAAGGCGAGCUGUGGAAGAAGAAUUAGAGAAGAUAUACCGUGAAGGCAGAGGAAAUGAAGACGAUUAUAGAAAACUAGAUGAACUAUACCAAAGAUGUCUGAAUGCUGAACGUACAAAAGAUGAUCUUCAACUCAGCCUGCAAACAGCACAAAACAAAAUCAAACAACUGCAAAUGAACUAUGAGGAAGAGAUAGGCCAUUGUCGGGAAAUGAUCUACAAGUUGCAAAGUAUUCUGGACUCUGAAAGAGAGAACUGUGGCUCAGUCAGUGAAGAACGCUUAAAACUUCAACAGGAGAAUGAACAGUUUCAAAAAGAAAUGGAAGAAUUGAGAAAACUAGUCUUGGAGGUACAACAAGCUGCAAAAUUAAAGAUAAGCACAAUGGAAAAUGAACAUUUAAUAAAAGAGCAUGGAUUUGAAGCUCGACUGAAAGAGUUGGAAGAUGUGAAUCAAAAUUCCACAGCUGAGUUGAGACACUUGUUGAUAGCUCAACAGAAAGCAACUAACCGAUGGAAGGAGGAAACAAAGAAACUAACAGAAGUGUCAGAAGCCAGAAUAAAUAGUUUAAAAAGCGAGCUGAAUCGUCAAAAAAUUCACACCCAGGAGUUAGUUUGUCAGCUGGAAAGAGCAAAUGAAAAGGUUAUUGAGAGUGAAAAACUAAUGAAGGAACAACAAGAAAAAGUCGACAGGCUUCAAAGGCGACUUAGCCAAGCAGAAGAGAGGGCAGCUACAGCAUCUCAACAGCUCAGUGCAAUAACUAUGAAAAGAAAAAAAGCUGCCUCCUUGGUGGAGCUGGAAAAUAUUUUAAAGUAAUGUAUUGUUCUUUAUACAGUAUUGAGACAUUAGCAUCUGACAUGCAUGGUGCUGUGAUAUUUUGCAGAAAUUCUGUGUUGCUUGAACACAGAGAAGUAUUAUAGUUUUGCAUUCACAUUAAGCACUAGACCAACAAUUGGAAAAAAUAAUGUAUUGAAGCAAAGUCAGAGGAAAGUAUUUCGUCUCUUUCUCUGUGUAUAAAUAAAAAUACCAUGUACCAUGUUCCACAUUCAUGCUCUUAUAGUGAAAAUCUUUCUAUAAAUUUUCACCAACUUAGAAAAAGUUAACUGCUGGAUUAGAAACCUUAAUUGUAUGACUAAUUCAUCAAGUUAUGUAAUUUUCAUUGACAAUAAACCCAUUUUUCAAAUA